AUGGCAGACCUGAAAAUACGACAGAUUAAGAUCAAAACUGGGAUCGUAAGGCGGCUGGCAAAAGAGGAGAUCUAUUACAAAAUUGAGUCAAAACAGCAAGUGGAGAAGGUUGAGCGCCUGAAAGCAGAGGCGGGAUGUGAGCAUGUAAUCUGGAAACAGAUGGAGGUGUUGCAGGAGUCCAAAAUGAUGAUCCAAGACAGCCAUCGCCGACUGGCCAUAGCACAUGAAGAUCUGAUUAAUUUACUUGAAACAGAAGUGGAUUUGGAUGUAUCGGAGGAGUACAAGGAGGCUCUGAACGUGUUGGACUCAGUGAAGCUCGAUGGAUGA